AUGUUGGCAUUGAAGAAGUAUGACCAGUUGAGUAUCACAUCCCGUCUUGAUAGGUUGUGGUACAAACUCCAACAUUUAGCAUCAACCUAUCAGGUCCUGGACACUUCCAAUCGCUACGUGGUCAAUCAGUUCAUGCAACUACACGAGCAACUUGUGGUCGAGGAACACAAGGUCACAUCACCACUCAUCCGCGAGAUGGACCUGACGCACGCCACCAUCUUAGAGAUUGUCAAAGAGUUGGCCGACAUUGACAACAUUGUCAAGGUGUCAUCAAAUGGUGCUGGUUCCGAGAUCAUGUGUGCGCCACGUAAUGGCGGUGAGGUUGUGGUCGGCAUGGACAGGGACCAACUCGCCCAGUCCAUCAAGGAGUGCAACAACAUAGAGACGUUCAUGGAGAUGGCAUUCCCGUCCACCGAGGAAAGUGAGCCUUGUAGUGAUCAUGAGUUGUUGACAAUCGUUCAACAAGCCCUCAAGCAGAUGGAUGUGUUGAGCUAUCCGGACACACAUCAGUUCCGCAUUAAGACUGACUGUCCCAAGCUGGGCGACAUCAAGCGACAGAUCCAGUCAUGCUUUAAGAUCAUCGAUUCUCACGAGUUCCACAACUCCACAUUCUCGUUUGGCCAGCAUGCAUGCUCGCUCUUCAAUCCAGCCACUCAGUGUGCCAUCGUGUUGAAGGAUGGUUUCAAACCCAGGACUGGCAUCCUGACCGCAAUGAUAUCAGCUCGCGAGUCUUUAUAUGUGUUUGGUGGCAUGGAGAGCCCUGGUACAUACUCACGCUUCACCCUGGCCGACCAUCAGUGGACAAAUGACAAUCCAAUGUCUGGCAUUGAGUCUGGAUACGGAAUAUCCGCAUGCUUUGACGGGGAUAAACACAUCUACUUGGUGGGCGGCAUGCAUCCAAAUGACAGCUACAUGAAUCGCGUGGACUGCUUCGACAUUGAGACCCAAAAGUUCCGGCAUAUUGGCCAACUACCAGUCAGCCUAGGCUCAGCACACACCUUCUUCCAUGAUGGCAAGGUGUAUGUGGUGGGUGGCUUCUACUCGACCAACAACCAGCAUGGUAUGAUCCUAUCGUUCAACAUAAACACGUUAGUCUGCGAAGUGAUUGUUAAUGGCCUGGACCUGGGCUCCAACGUGAUAUCAUGUUGUUUCGAUGGCGAUAGCAACGUGUACAUCUACACCAACUGCUUCUUUAGGGUGUCGCUGGUCAACAAGCUGCGAAACAAUCUGUCGCCAGUGACUGUAUCGCGCUCCAAUGGCUACCAUCAGGAGAGUCAAGUGCUGACUGGGCCCAACCUAAUCUUCUACGACAAGGAGUAUGGCAUCCUAUUCCUGCGAGGCAAGGGCAACAACUUCCAGUACUCUGUCACAGACAACAAGUGGGUCGCAUUGAGCGAUCACUAUCGCAACGAACUAAAUGACUAUGAGGCAGUGCGUCUAAUCCGCGACUGA